GCCUGGGUAUCUUCCGCCGCACCCCCACCAUUUCGCCCCUUUUCCGUUCUCUCCGAUUCCUCGCUUGCUUGUCGCUUUCUGCCAAUCUCCAUCUCCCCAACGAUCCAUGGCGACGGAUCUUGAGAUGAGGGCGAAGGAGGCCUUCGUCGACGACAACUUCGAUCUGGCCGUCGAUCUCUACACGCAGGCUCUCGAUGUCGACCCCAAGAACGCCGAUCUCUACGCCGACCGCGCUCAGGCCAACAUCAAGCUCGAGAGCUUCACCGAAGCAGUUGCAGAUGCGAAUAAGGCAAUAGAGCUUGAUCCAUCAAUGACCAAAGCCUAUUUGCGGAAGGGGACUGCUUGUAUCAAGCUAGAAGAGUAUCAGACAGCAAAAGCUGCUCUUGAAGCUGGUGUGCUGUUGGCACCUGGAGACUCUAGAUUCACCAAAUUAAUUAAGGAAUGUGAUGAGCGAAUUGCAGAGGAAACAGUUAGCUUGUCAAAAAAGGUGAUGCCAAAUGCACCACCAACUACAAUGUCUCAUUCAUCAGAUACAACCAUUGAGGAAGUGAACAGUUCUCAUUCCACACAUGGUCUUCCAAAUCAGACAAAAGAAACACCGAAUAAACCAAAAUUCAGACAUGAUUACUAUAAUACUCCUACGGAGGUGGUUUUAACUAUCUUUGCUAAAGGUAUUCCAGCUGAAAAUGUAACCGUUGAGUUUGGCGAACAAACAUUGAGUGUUACAAUAGAUUCCCUCGGAGAAGAAUAUCAUUUCCAACGUCGUUUGUUUGCAAAGAUUGUACCAGCAAAUUGCAGAUAUCAGGUUUUGUCUACAAAAGUGGAAAUCCGACUUUUAAAAGCGGAAACCAUUACAUGGACUUCACUGGAAUACAGUGGAAAAGCAGUCCCUCAGAAGAUAAAUACAUUUUCAGAUGCAGCUACAAUGCAGCAAAGACCAUCUUAUCCAUCCUCGAAGUCAAAAGUUGAUUGGGAUAAGCUGGAAGCUGAAGUGAAGAAAGAGGAGAAAGAUGAGAAGCUGGAUGGUGAUGCAGCACUGAACAAAUUCUUCCAGGACAUCUACAGAGAUGCUGAUGAGGACACUAGAAGGGCAAUGAGCAAGUCCUUUGUUGAAUCAAAUGGCACGGUCUUGUCCACGAACUGGGGUGAAGUUGGCUCGAAGAAGGUGGAGGGAAGCGCGCCCGAUGGUAUGGAGAUUAAGAAAUGGGAGUAUUGACAUCCGGCGUUGAUGAUUUUUGUUACUGUAACACGAGUGGUAGACACUUUUGGUCCUCAUGGGUAAGUUGUAUGAUUAAACUCAAUAAAAUAUGGGUAGUGUGGCGCUUGUUAGAUUCA